GUCUCAAUCGCCAUAUUGGGUACCGAGAGGUUCGCCUCCGCUUCCCGCUGUACGGAGCGACGUUGACAGCGAGCUUUGGUUCGUUCUCCCGUCGUUUGGAUGAUUGGCGUAAGCCGUCUUCGGCUCAGGAAAUCGCAGCCGUGUUUGCCUCCAGCUCGACGUGCGCAUGGUCGUUUCACGCCUGUUUUGGAUCUUUCCCCGUGACUAGGAGGACAUACCUUUUUUUUCUUUUCUUUUUUCUUCUUGAGGUGUGUUUUUCGCCUGAAAACUGGACGCUCCCGGCUGCUUGAAAUUUUUACCUUUUUUCCGGGGGGCUUAACCAUGUCUAACGUUCGACUUUCGAGCGGGAGCCCGACUUUGGAGAGGACGGAGCCCCGGGUGUCGGAACACCCGAAGCCGUCAGCCUGCAGGAGCCUCUUCGGCUCGGUGGACCACGAAGAGUUAAAGAGGGAUUUAAAUGUACAUUUGCGGGAGUUUGAAGAGGCUGCCUCCGCCAAGUGGGGCUUCGACUUCGCGACUGACACACCGCUGCCCAACAGCAGGCUGGAGUGGGAGCUGGUGAACGCCAGAGACCUGCCGAGUUUCUACACCCGCCUGCCGCGGCGAGAACGAGGCGUUUGCCCCGGGAAUAACAAUGUGGAUCUAAACGGGAAUCAUGACUGUGUCGGGACAGUUCCCAGCCGCUCUGACGCUCAGAUGGAGUGCACGGAGCAGUGCGGCGGGCUGAGGAAGAGACCUGCGUGUCACGACCCUUCGGCCCCAAGUAAGAAGUCUCACACCAGCCCGGAGGAGGUUAGCUGUCCGAGCCUGAGCCAGUCUGCAGAACACACACCCAGAAAGACCAGCCCCAAGAGACCAACGUGAGCACGGCGACACGAGCUCAAGAUGUGCCCCUCCCAGUUUUUUUUUCUCUGUACGAGUGUGUUUGCGUAUGCGUGCAUGUGUUUUUUUUUGUUUUUUUGUUUUUAAGACUGCGUUGAUCUUUUUUUUUUUUUUUUAAUUAUUCUUUCCUUUUUUUGGACGAGGAUCUACACAGCAUCAGAAACAUAUCAGCUCUCCUGAGGACGGGGGAGGACGCUGUUGAAGCACUGAAGAGAAACACUAAAGUUUGUGGCACUCAUUGAAAUGUUACUGCCUCUAACAGCAGUCCAUGUAGCAGCGUGCAAUUAGGUUUGAUUUUUUUCUUUUUUUAACUACCUGUGUGUAAAUAAUUUAAUAAAUAAAUAUAUAUGUUUUCUAUGUAGCACAUAAAAACAUUGAUUUUUUUUUUUUUUUAAUCCUUUGUGUAAAAGAGGUGUGAAUUUUGAUUUGACUUGAAGUGUUCGGUUUGAAACAUGUUUCCAAAAUGCUGUUCUGUUUGCAUUUUAUUAUUAUUAUUAAUAUUUUUGAAAGGCACUGUGGUGUUGACCCAGUCCAUAAAUGCUACAUUUAAAAAAAAAGAAAGAAAAUCAUGGUUUUAGUUUCUCAACAGUGUGCCUUUAUGCCGUCAUCUUCCUAACUCAACAGCAAGGAAUGGUACAAAUGUAGCUCAUCUGCCUAAUGAACGUGUUUUUCUUUUCUUCCCUUUUUUGUGUUGAGGCCACUUUUUCUUUUUUCUUUUUUUUAAAGAUCCACAGGAAAUGGCACAGGAUGAAAUUAAAAAUUUCAGCAAGUACCUUUUAUUUUCCUUUUUUUUUUUUUAAUAUUUAUUUUAAAAUUGGAGUUCUGAUGCUUUUAUUUUGUAAAUGUUUCGAUCCCCAGAGUUGUGAGGCACUCAUUUUUUUUUUGAAGGACAAAGACCAUGCACAUGUUUCCAGGCUGUCAAACCUAAGUUAAAUGUUUCUCCUGUACCAAAUACACACUCGCUUUUAUUUGGUUUUCAGAGUUGACUUCACAUCGUAUGACUUUGUGAUAACCUUGAAUGCUUUUAUUUGUUUUCCACCCUUGUUAACCUGCUAAAGAUGGAGGUUCCGGCUUCCAAAAGCUUCUUUGUUUCCCCGCUAACAUCUGGUUUAUCUUCAAAGACAGCAGGCUCCACCUGGAUGGAGACACAAAACGGCGCGUCUCACAAACGCAGUCAUGUGAUCGUGUAAACCUUUACAGUGUACAUGCGUACAUAUUUUUGUAAAAAAUAAAAUAAAAAAGACACUGAGAAAUUAUACUAACUUAUUUAUGUCAAACUUUUUUUUUUUAAAUGUAGAGUAAUUCUUUUUUUAAGUUACGGUUAUCCAAAGUGGCAUUUACUUUAUAAAUUUCUGGGUAGUUUUUUUUUUUUUUUGUCAAAAAGGUUGCAAACUGAGCCUGAUAAAAUAUUUGUUCAUUUUGUAAUGUGUGGUUAUAAAAUGUGUUGCAAUCAAUUAAAAGAGAAUUGAAUCUGA